UUUACGUGUGACCUUGUUCGUGGUCGUCUUGCAUUCUAGUUAUUGCGGAAGUUUUAUCGAUCUAACCUCCAUUAAUUAUAAUUAUUGUGUAAGUUUGAAGGUUUAAAUAACUUUAGUUAAUAUGUCCUUUAAGGUGCUUAAAAAAAUCUAUAGUGCUUCAACAAUGUCUAAGUAAAUUGAAUCUGCAUUCUUAAAAAAAUGGAUAAUCAAGAAGAUCAAAUGGCAGAAGAAGGAGCAGGGGCUCACUGUUGUGAGAUAUGUGGCCUUUCUGGUUUAUCAGAUGAUAAAAUGAGGGCACACACUGUCUCGUGUCAUGUUGAGGGAAGAGCUGCUUGCCCUUUUUGUGGAAUGUGGGGAGUCUCACCAUCUGAAUUACUUUUGCAUGUAAAUCAAGUUCAUUUGGAUUAUUUGACACCAGAAAAUGAAGCAAUGUCUUUUAUUGAUGAUCAAAGUCCUAGUGUUGAUGAUGAUUCAGAUACGUUAUCUGAAUGUCGUGGCAACUCACCAUCAAUGAAUGAAUCCUGGUCACAACGGAACAACUCUAAAUCUAAUAUCAAUCAAUAUGCAAGUUUGAAUGGACUUUCUAACAGUGCACAUGAAAAAAGAUCUAAUUAUUCUUUAGAGGGACAUAGAACUAAUUCUGAAAGUGGUAAUGUAAAAUUUAAUAAUAGAUCAACACAAUCUGUUAAUGAAAUCACAUGCAAUGGAAAAACGAAACAUAAUUCAAGUUCAUCAAAUUUUAAUAUAAAUGCACGAGUGUCUCCAGAUAAUCAUAAAAGCUCCAAUGUGAAUAAUUAUGGAAAAAGCAAUGGUGUUAUUCAUAGAGAUUCUAAAUCACCAAAAUCUAAUUCAAAUAUAUCUUCCAAUAAAAAUACAAAUAUAAAUAUAAGAGAAGAUAAGAAUCAUUGUAAUGGGACAAAAAGUAAAACAAGUAGACACUCAUUAGAACAUAAAGAUAACGGUUUGAGUGAUGAAACACAUUACAAUAAGAAUGGUUCUGCUGGGCAAGGAUCUCCUUUAAGGACUCAAUUGGGUUUGAAGUUGAAGAGUCAUCACAAUAAUCAAAAUAUUCAUCAGUGUCCAAUAUGCCCUCAUACAAGUGAUUCAGCCACAAGUUUAGAAGAGCAUGUUAAUAGAAUUCAUUUUGAUCCAGUUUCACCAUCGAUUGUUCCAAAUUCAUCAAACAAUCAAUCUGGUACUAAUGGCACUACAGGCCUUCAAUGCCCGUUGUGCACAAGGGUUUUUGGAACUGGACCUGACCUCGAACUUCAUGUUAAUAUUGAGCAUAGAGACAUUUUGAGUCCUGAAACAAAUGGAGUUAAAUCAAACGUGCCUCCGGCAGUGCUUUUAGACAAAUCAGAUAACCAAUGUUCAAGUUCAGAUGAUUGUCCCAUGUGUGGUAUCAGUCUCUCUGAUAUGCUACAGGAUGAUAUUAAUAGGCACAUUGAAAGUCACUUUCCUAAAAGUCCACAAGGAGCUCAAGCUGCACCUGUUUUUGAUAAAGAAGUGCGAAAAAUGCAGGAACAGAGAGAAUUUCAAAUGUUAAGGGCCCAAUAUGGAAUGGAUGAUCAUGGUAAUUUUCGAGAACAAUCUGCUGCAGCUAUGCAAAGAGCUGUGUAUGCGGGAGAGAUGAGUGUUGCUGAUUACUAUGAAAGACAGGUUGGCUUAAGAGCAGCAGAAAGUCAUGGAAUAGAUGAUGGCAGCUCAUGUACAAAAGGAAUUGCAAGCAAAGUUAAAGCACUGAGUGCAGUAAGUCCACGUGUUUUAAGAACAUUUAUUUGUUCUGCGGCCGAUCACUAUGCAUCAAGUUACGGUGAUAGAGGAUGGGGCUGUGGAUAUAGAAAUUUGCAAAUGUUAUUAUCCUCAUUACUUCAGAAUACGGCCUAUAAUGAGGCAUUAUACUCUGCUUGGGGGGGAAGUGGUCCAGCACGUACUGCUGUCCCAAGUAUUUCACGGUUGCAACGAAUGGUAGAAGCUGCUUGGGCUCAGGGGUUUGAUGUUCAAGGUUCAGAGCAAUUAGGUUGUAAGCUACACAAUACCAGGAAGUGGAUUGGUGCUACAGAGGUUGUUACACUAUUGUCGUGGCUUAGAAUCAAAUGCCAGCUGAUAGAUUUUCACACAACGACAGAUGGUAAUCAUCCUGAAUUGUUUCAAUGGGUCUUGUCCUAUUUUGAAAAUGCACAAGAUUUUGUGCCACCUUUAUAUUUGCAACACCAAGGCCAUUCCAGGACUAUUAUUGGUAUAGAGCAGCGACGUGGUGGUGCUUUAACAUUGCUAGUACUUGAUCCAAGCCAUGGACCAAGUCAAAUAUCGGGAUUAUUAAAUGCUAACAGUGGCAGUGCGCAAGCGGCCGCUCUCAGACUUUUAAGAAGGGGGCCUGCCGCUAUGCGUGCUCGCCAAUAUCAACUUGUGGCUGUUCGAGGUUUUAUAGAUACUGAAGAACUUUAUGAGCAAAGCAAGAUACUGCAUUCUAUACGGAUACCACAAGAUCGGUGAAUUGAUAAAGUUAGGUCACACAGCUUAAUUAGUAAGUUUUUAUUAUUUUUUUUAAAUUAUUUUGAAUAUAUUUUUAUCUUUAUUUUAUUUAUUGGUAUAUUAUCAU